GCCCUCUUGUCCUCUCGCGGUUCUUCUACAGUGAACGACACGCAGCAGGAAAGAAUGCCCUUAAUCACCGAAUUGUCUGAUAAUGAAUCGGUCAAUGCCGCUAGCAAAUCUCCCAUUGAUCGCGAUGGCGAUGGCGAUGACUUGGGUGCGUCUGGCGCCGAUAUGCAGGAUAUGCGGCGCAUGGGCAAGACGCAAGAACUCAAGCGUGAUUUCCGGCCUCUCGCCGCACUCAGCUUUUCGGCUGUUCUACAGGCGACGUGGGAAUUCAUUCUUAUCUCGAAUACUCAGGGUCUCGAGAAUGGCGGCCUUGCUGGCAUGUUCUGGACCUAUGUGUGGACGUUUAUUGGGUUUUGCUUUGUAAUUGCGUCGCUGGCGGAGAUGGCGUCAAUGGCUCCGACGACCGGAGGGCAGUAUCACUGGGUCUCUGAGUUUGCUAGCCCUCGUUGGCAGCGCUUUCUCAGCUAUGUCACCGGAUGGAUGGCCGUUUUAGCCUGGCAGGCCGGCGCAGCCUCGGGCUCUUUUCUCACCGGCACCAUUCUCCAAGGUCUUAUCAGCGUGCGCGACCCUACCUACGAUCCGAAACGGUGGCAAGGAACACUGUUUGUAUUUGCCAUGGUCGCGCUGAUCUAUCUCUUCAAUGUGUAUGCAUCAAACUGGAUGGCCCGUAUUCAGAACCUGCUUCUUAUGAUGCAUCUCGUUUCCUGGGUUAUCAUCCUCGUCGUGCUGGCAGUCAAGGCCCCCCAUCGAGCAGCCAGUGAGGUGUUCACGGAAUUCCAGAAUGGAGGUGGAUGGCCGACCAUUGGUGUGUCGUUGAUGGUUGGGCAGAUCUCUGCCAUCUACGGCUCUCUGAGCUCCGACGCAACUGCGCACAUGUCCGAAGAAAUCAAAGACGCCGGCCGUUAUGUCCCCAUCGCCAUGCUCUGGGGCUAUAUCCUAAAUGGCUUCCUCGCCCUCGUCCUGCUAAUCGUCUUCCUCUUCGCUAUUCCAUCUGUAGACGACGCGCUCAGCGACGCCACCGGCUUCCCGUUUCUCUACGUGUUCGGCGCCUGCACUACAACCGCAGGUGUCAACGGCCUAACAGCCCUAAUCCUCAUCCCAGUGAUCUUCAGCAACAUCCUCUUCAACCUCUCCACGGCACGCCAAACCUACGCAUUCGCACGUGACAAGGGCCUUCCCUUUAGCAGCUGGAUAUCCCGUAUUGACACGCACCGCAGAAUCCCCAGGAAUGCAAUCCUGCUGUCCUGUCUGAUUAGCAUGCUCCUCUCGCUCAUCAACAUCGGGUCGACGACCGCCUUCAACGCGAUUAUUUCCGUGAAUGUGGCGGCGUUGAUGUUCACGUAUCUCGCGGCUAUUUCGUGUGUCAUAUACAUGCGGCUGAGAGAGCCGCAUCGGCUGCCUGUGAGAAGGUGGUCGCUGGGGCGCGCCAGUUUGCCGGUUAAUGUGGUUGGUUUGGGGUAUGUGGUUUUCGCGAUGUUUUGGUCCUUUUGGCCGGCGGCACCAGGGUUUGUUAAGGAGAGUUUUAAUUGGUCCAUUGUUAUUUUUGGGGGCGUUUUGGUCGUCAGUUUGUUCAUGUAUGCGGUGCAUGGAAGGCGCCAUUACGCAGGUCCCGUGGAGCAUAUAUCACGGUCUCUCGGUUAG